AUGUAUAUCAAUAUUCUUACCUCUGUCCUUUUGGGCAGCUACAUUUCUCAAGCGAACGCUCAACUUACUGCUUGUAACCGCGACAACUGUCUUCGUGCAAUUAUUGCAAGCAAUGCAGCUCCUGGACCUCAGUCUGCUUCAGCGGACUGUGUUUCCUUCUUCAAGGCAACGGUCACACCUUCUACAAGCACGAUUUUCUCCACAGCUUCUCUUACAAUAACCCUUCCAGUCGUUACUUCAUCCUCUACAGUCAUAGUAACAUCGACAACAACAGCGGUUGGAGGCGGCAGCAAGAGAAGUGUUGAUCUCGAUGAAGAGAAGCGAGCAGUUGAUGCGCCAUUGAAUCAUCAAAUCACCGGAUUGAAACUAGCAGUCCGUCAGCAAACUGUAAUUCCAAGCCGGAUUCCAGUCUACGCAUCCGCGUGCUCCGGAGCAGUUCGGUACUCUUCAGCAUGCUCAUGUAUUGGUGUCAUACGAAGCACCACAACAGUUGCUACUCCCGUUGGCACCACGACCAUUACGUUAACCGCAACUCAAUCACCUACCUCAACUGUUGUGGUUACUUCCACUGCGAUCGCCACUGCAACUGGCUCCGCUUAUGCACUUCGAGCAGUUGGUUCGACCGUCGACGGACAAUACGUAUCCAUGAACAACCAGGAAGAUGGGAUUAUUGAUGCAUUUACAACCGAUAUCAGCUCCGCAGCCAGAUUUAACAUCGGAACCGGUGGAAAGCUUCUCUCUUAUGGCAGAUACCGUGCAAAUACAGACAACUUUUCACCCGCAACAAUAUUCUUCAAUUCGCCAGGCACCUUCACGGGCACUACAGACCUCAGCUGUAGCGUUGGACCUACUAGUACUUUGACUUGUACUGGAUUCAAUGGAGCCAAUCAAUUUCAGCUCUGUCCGAGUGGUUGUACUACUAAUUCUGAGCCUUGCAACGGGAUUUCACUUGCUACUUCGCUCGACGUUCGGUGUCAGCAAAUUGGGUUCGUGGCUGUCCCGGUUGUAUAG